AUGGCGGGAUCUGCAUGGCGCGUCGUGCCGGACGGCGUGGCGCACGUGGCGUUGGCUCGCCUCUUGUCUCAGUCCCUCGCGCUCAAGGAGCUGCGAGCGCACGUCGAGGCGCGCCGCGAGGAGCGUAAGGAACGCCUGAAGGCGGUCGCUGCCGCGCGGUCAGCGAGUCCGCCGCCCCCGCCGGCGGACGCACCGCUCGCUUGCUCCUUUUGGGCGGCGGGGCGGUGCGAGCGCGGCGCGAACUGCCGCUUCUACCACGAUUUGUCCGUCGUGCAGUUGGACGAGGCGGCGGAGGAGGCGGAUGCCACCGACGCGCAGGCGGCGAUGGAGCUCCACUUGUCGCACACGAAUGCAUUGACUAGUCAGUACUGGAUUGGCCUCACUAGGCGGCGAUGGAGCUCCACCUGUCGCACGCCGGCGCGCUGCUGGGCAAGGACGCGCUGGCACGCGACGCAUUGCGACAGGCGCGCCGGCCUGGCCGCCAGCUUCACGCGGGACGGCCGCAUCCGGUGGCAGAGGCUCUUUGCGGCGGCGGCGGACGCGGGCGCGGCGAACUGGGUGGCGUGCGAGCUGAAGCACGACCGCGUCGCCUCCCUCCUCUCCCGCGUGGCGCUGGGGCGGGUCGACAACUUAGCGGUGGUUGGAGGCGACGGCGUCGCGCUGCUGCGAGACCGGGACUCGCUCUCCCACCUCACCGGCUCGCUCCUCACCCCGCCACUCUUCGACGCCGCGCACCGCGCGCUGCGUCCCUCCGGCCGCCUUACCAUCUUCUCCGACAACCACCGCUACUGCUGCAGCCUCGCGCGGCUGCUCGGCGAGAUGCGGAGAGGCGCCGCCGCCGCCGGCGACGCAGGCCGCUGCUUCGCGUCCGUGCCGCUCGAGGGCAUCCGCAUCUUCCACGGCAGCCCCGGCGCGGAGGGCGGUUUCCUCGUCGACGAGCAGUCCUACUUUGACCGCUUCUGGGAGCACGGCCAGCACGCGGACCGCUUCUUCCUGCUGCUGGAGAAGGCGUAG